AAAGCGCAGAAGGAAGGAAGCGCACGCAGCGGGAGCGCGAGGCAUGAGCGGCUGAUGGAGCGCGCGGAGCAGCAGCGGCACGCACACAGCCCCGAGAAACAGCCCCUCCGGCUCUCAGGUUCCCCUCAGCCCUGCGGAAAGUCUGAAACACACAUACCGGAGUAAAAAUAGGAGCUGAACCGCGGGGGGCUCGGGGUCCUAACACCCCCCCACACACCACACAGCAGAGCCUCCGGAGACACGACUGACUGUCUGACCGCCGAGUCCUCUGACCUCAUCAGCACAACUGGAGACCAAGUCAGUGUCCUGUGCUGAGCAGCGUGGGUCACUUCGGUCAGAGACGCAGCGACCGACUGGACCAGCAGCCCAAACAGCAAAGAGGUGUCCAGCGCGGAUGUGCAGGUGUGUGUGAUGGGGGACGCGUGUGUGUACAAGCUGGGCUCUGUGAAGCACCUGCGGUUGCUCCUGCUCAUCUUCCUGCCCUGUGUGUGUGGCCUGGUCUGCCUGCUCACACUGCUGCUCGCCUUCACAGGAAUAAUUGGGAGUGGCCUACUGGACUCGGAUAACUCCGCCCACUUGUCUGGUACAGACGUCUCCAUGGCAACGCAUGUCCCCCUCAUGACCUUCACUACAGGUUGGACGGCUGUCAAUAGCACAGUGACGACGGCGACCGUUCAGUCGGACUUCCCGCCUGACGACCUGAUGACCCCCUACAUUUCUUCUUCAUCAUCAUCCUCAGUGACCCCAACACCUGCGGCCACUUCUGAUUGGCUUAUGAUGUUCUCCACCAUGAGCUCCCUGGGAACCCUGUCGAGCCCCACCAGCGCGAUCCUCGAGCCGGGCACCUGCUUUGACAUCACGGAGAGCCAGUGUCACAUGCUGCCGUACAACCAGAGCGGCGUGUUGCCGGGGGCGACGGCGGUGAGGGGGGCGGAGUUGGAGAUGUUCCUGAAGUUCUUCAGCUACCUGAGCAGACUGAGCUGCUACAGGCACAUCAUGCUGUUCGGCUGCUCCAUCGCUCUCCCGCAGUGCAUUAAACAGGGAGACAGCAGCCGGUUCCUGCUGCCGUGUCAGUCGUUCUGCGAGGCUGCGAGGGAGGGCUGCGAGCCGGUUCUGCAGAUGUUUAACGCGUCCUGGCCCGAGUUCCUGCGCUGCUCUCAGUUCACCAACAUCAGCUCAACAACCAGCGCAGCUCAUCCAGCCUGUUACACACCGCGACACGCCAAGGGGAAGCCCUCUGUGUGUGGAGGCACCGACAGCUUCCUGUGUGCUACGGGAAUUUGUGUCCCCCGGAAACUGGUGUGUAACGGAUUCAAUGACUGUGACGACUGGAGCGACGAGGCCGACUGCAUCUGUGCAGAUGGAGAGUUCAGCUGUGGAACUGGACGCUGUGUGAAUGUUUCUCUGCUGUGUGAUGGUUAUGAUGACUGUGGUGAUCUCAGCGACGAGCACAACUGCAAGUGUGACCCAGUUAAGGAGCACCGGUGUGGAGAGGGACGUUGCAUCCCACCAGAGUGGCUCUGCGACGGGGACCACGACUGUCUGGACAAGAGUGAUGAACUCAACUGCUCAUGUAAAGCUCAGGGCUUGUUGGAGUGUAAGAAUGGCCAGUGUAUUCCCAGUGCCUUUCGCUGUGACGGCGAGGACGACUGCAAGGACGGCAGUGAUGAAGAAAACUGCACAAAGCAGCUGAUUCAGGGAUCUUGUCCUCCAGGUCAGCCGAGCUGUAUUUCUGCUUCCUGUUCUCCAAGCUGCAGUGGCAGCGCCCCCUGUGAUCCUGGCAGCAACACCACCACAAACUGCAGUGCGUGUGAGCCCAUCUCUCUGGAGCUCUGUAUGAAUCUGCCCUAUAACUCCACGCGCUUCCCCAACUUCCUGGGGCACCAGUCUCAGAAGGAGAGCUCGGUCAGCUGGGAGUCGUCCCUCUUCCCUGCGCUCGUUCAGACCAACUGCUACAAAUACCUCAUGUUCUUCGCCUGCACUGUGCUGGUGCCCAAGUGUGACCCCGUGACUCAGCUCAGAGUGCCGCCCUGCAGGUCUCUCUGCAGGAGCUCUAAGGAGCGCUGUGAGUCGGUACUGAGCAUUGUGGGAUUGCAGUGGCCGGAGGACACGGACUGCGCUCAGUUUCCGGAGGAAGGACAAGCGAACACGUCCUGUCUGCUCCCUGACCCGGACGUAGACGAGUGUUCUCCCAGUCACUUUAAGUGCCGGUCAGGGCGCUGUGUCCUGUCCUCUAAACGCUGUGACGGACACAUGGACUGUGAUGAUGACAGUGAUGAGGACAACUGCGGCUGUAAGGAGCGAGGUCUGUGGGAAUGUCCUACAGAUAAAAGCUGCAUACAGCACUCCAGGAUCUGUGACGGGUUCCCCGACUGCAGCCAACUGGAGGACGAGAGGAACUGCUCGGUGUGCAGUGAUAACGAGCUGGAGUGUAAUAAUCACGAGUGUGUGCAUCGAAUUCUGUGGUGUGAUGGACGGAAACACUGUUCAGACAGUUCAGACGAGUGGAACUGCGUCUCUCUUUCUGGCUCGUCCCCUGCCGUGUUAGUGGUCACUAAGACGGCGGCGGAGUAUCAGGUGUGUGCGGAUGAGUGGAACCCUCACCUCAGCAACAUCGCAUGCACACAGCUGGGUUUAGGUUCUCCUCUGUCAGCUGAAGCAGUGGAUGAUGUUCCUGCAGCUGGACGGAGGCGCUGGUUACAUGUCCAUCCUGACUGGAGCCAUCGCAACACAACGGCCCUGCAGGGGCUUCUGGAGAAGAGAGGGCACUCCUGUCACUCGCGCAAGAGGAUCGCGCUCACGUGCAGCCGAGACGAGUGCGGCCGCAGGCCCGCGGCGCGGAUGGUGAAGAGGAUUCUGGGAGGCCGUACGAGUCGUCCCGGGCGAUGGCCGUGGCAGUGUUCGUUACAGAGUGACCCCAGCGGUCACAUCUGUGGGUGUGUGCUGAUCGGGAGGAGGUGGGCUCUCACCGUGGCCCACUGCUUUGAGGGGCGUGAGAGUGCGGAUGUGUGGAAGGUGGUCCUGGGCAUUAAUAACCUGGACCAUCCAUCUGAGCACAUGCAGACGCGGCGCGUGGAGCGAGUGAUCGUACACUCGCGUUACAAUCGCGCCGUGGUGGACUAUGACAUCAGCAUCAUCCAGCUGGACGCCGAGGUGGAGGUCAGCAGCUAUGUCCGCCCAGUCUGUCUGCCUCUGCCUGGACGUCUGCCCAUGCCGGACACCUACUGCUACAUCACCGGCUGGGGGCACAUGGGCAACCGCAUGCCGUUUAAGCUCCAGGAGGGUGAGGUGAGGAUCAUCUCUCUCUCUCAGUGUCAGUCUUACUUUGAUAUGAAGACCAUCACGUCUCGGAUGCUCUGUGCAGGAUACGAGGCGGGAACCAUCGACUCCUGCAUGGGUGACAGUGGGGGUCCGCUGGUGUGUGAGGACUCUGACGGUCGGUGGUCUCUGUACGGUUUGACCUCCUGGGGGUCUGUGUGUUUCUCCAAAGUGCUCGGACCCGGAGUGUACGCCAACGUCACACACUUCACUGAGUGGAUCCAGAGGCAGAUUUACCUACACACAUUUCACCUGGACUAGAGCACACACACACACACACACACACACACACAGGUAAUGCAGUCAGAGUGUGUGUGAUUGUGUGUCUGUGUGAGGGAUGAAAUUUUGCUGAUGAAGGAAAAAAAGAGAAGGAGUGUGUGUAUCCAGUCAUUCCAAAAGGAGGUGUGUGGGUGUAUAAUUUGUGUGUGUGUGGGUGUGGGUGUGUGUGGGUGUGUGUCGGUGUGUGUGAGUGAGAGAGAAAGUUGUGUGUGUGAGUGAGAGAGGUGUGUGUGUGUGUGUGUAUGAGUGAGAGAGGUGUGUGUGUGUGUGUGUGUGUGUGUGUUGUGUAAAGGGAUGACAGUAGGAGGAGUUUAUUCAUUAUUGACUGUUAAGUGUUGCUGCUGUCUGUUGCUACUUUUGCUGAACAGCCAACCAAACACACACACACACACAGACAGACACACACACACACACUGACACAGACACACACACACAGACAGGCACAC